AAAAAUAUAAUUAUGCUGACUACAAGUACCGAAGGACAACGCCGUUGUUUUUAAAGUGACGUCAUCAUUGCGCGCCUCCCCUCGGCAGUGACGUUAGCUAGACGGGACCGCAGUGCCGAAUGAAAACUCUUAACCGUUGACCCGUCUGCGCUGAUUUAACGGUGUCCGCACGCUGAUGUCUCAACAACCGCAACCCCCGCUGCCCUCCGCCCCGGACUCCCCCGCACUCCUGGUCACCAGCAACGUGCAGAAGUAUGCCAUCAAGAAGAAGAAAGUGCUGAGCGCCGAAGAAGCGGAGCUGUUCGAGCUCACGCAGGCGGCGGGCAUCACCGUGGACCAGGAGGUCUUCAAGAUCAUCGUGGACCUGUUAAAGAUGAACGUGGCUCCCCAGGCCGUCUUCCAGACCCUGAAGGCGAUGUGCGCGGGCCAGAGGGUCGCUGAAGGCUGCGGGGAGUCUUCAGCCGCCCCCCACGCCGCCACGGCGCCCGCCGAGGUCAGAGACGAGGACUCUUUGGUCUCUGGAAAGAGCCCUAAGCCGCCUGCAGCCGCCCCCCCCCCGCCGUCCGGCUCCAGGGCCCCCAGAGUCGGCACUAAGGUUGUGGUCUACGGCCCCCAAGACGCUAGUUCUCCUCACUCUCAAGUGCGCAGCAGCAAAGGCGCAGCGGCCCCCGGCGAGAGGAGCCGAGAGGCCUCCGGGCAGCGGGCGCAGCGGCAGCCCAGCGCCACCAGGGGGCAGAAGACCAAGAGCUCGGGCAGCAGUAGCUCCUCCUCCCAGAUAAACUCCACGUGACGUCACCCUGUCUGUAAAUACAUCGCUCUUCUUCUACGUUAACCCUCCCCCCCCCCCCUUUUCUUCUUCUACCUCCACACAAUGGAGGCUAAAGGAUUACAACAUUUUAAAUACAUGGACAGUCUCUCGUAGUAAAACGCUUGCUUCCUUUCUGCUAAUCGUCACCCGCUUACGUUCCACUUGAUUCUAGACUCUACUGGACUCUACCAGUGGAAUCAGGCUCUGUGGGGAGAGAGUCAUUAGAGUCACUGUGAUGGAGGAAAAUAACAUAUCAUAACUUAUUUAGAUGUUCUUCUUUUAAUGUCUGUAUUCAACGUGCAACCUUUUUUUAUAUAAUGGUUCAUCUUAAAUAAAUUUAACUUCUUCUUCCUUCCUGA